GGAUAAUACUCGGAAUGAAAGCACACACCGCAACAGAAAAGAAAAGUUUUUCUAGCUCUUGGAGUUGACUUGUGAAGAAGGAGGAACUCCUGUAUGGAGAUCACAGACUCGGCUGGGUUGAAGAAUGAGGAGUGUUUGGGUUUCUGUGUCUGAAACCGGACCUGCACAGAUCCUGGACCGGGUUUAGUCCAGCAUGAGGAUGGCGAGAUUUUUCCUCCUAAAAGUGACUCCUGGCUCCAGAUGUGGGACUUGGCUCCAGCUGCUGGAUCUGUGACUUAUUAAUCUGCUCGGUUAAAGCAGGGUCUGUCUGUAAACAUGAGCCGCUGUAGUUAGACUUCGUGCUUGUCUUUCAGGAAGAUCUGAUCUCACUCAGGCUGGACUGACCUUCAUACCUGUGGAGGAGACAACAACGCUUCAUGUGCGCCGAGGCUGGACUGCACAAGCCACCGAACACCAAGGAAGACGUGCGCUCGUGGUCCGUUCAGCUAAGAUGGAGAAGUUUGCCGUGAACAGUGGUGGUGUUGGAGACGUGGAGCGGGACCUGGAGAUCGGAGAAGCCGAGGAGCCGCUGCGCGAGAACGGGAAGGCUGGAGCGGGUCAGAACCGAACCGUGACCCGGGAUCACAGCUCCAACCCCAGGAUGCUGGUCGGCUUGGACAUCUUGUGUCUCAUUGUGGCAUCUAUCCCUUUCUUUGCGUGUGAACUGAAAACUGUGAAGGCGUACAAGAGGGGUUUCUUCUGCGAAGACCCGAGCAUCACUUACCCCUACGUGGAGAGGGAGGCCAUCCCGGACAGCGUGCUAAUCACAGGAGGAAUCAUCAUUACGGGCCUAACGAUCGCGCUGGCUGAGUGUUACUGCGUGCGCUCCCGCCGCGUGAACUCCCGUGCCUUCAUACGAAACCCCUACAUCUCCUCCCUCUACAAAGAGCUGGGCAGCUUCCUGUUUGGCUGCUGCAUCGGCCAAUCGCUGACCAACAUGGCCAAGCUGAGCGUGGGCCGGCUCCGCCCCAACUUUUUAGCAGUGUGCAAUGUGACGUACGCAUCGCUGAACUGCUCCAAGGGCGAUUAUGUGGAUAACGUGCAAUGCAACAACGACCAGAAAGACGUGGAGGAGGCCAGGAAAUCCUUUUUCUCAGGCCACGCCUCUUUCGCCAUGUACACAAUGCUUUACCUUGCUUUCUACCUUCAGGCGCGGUUCUCGUGGCGCGGUGCGAGACUGUUGCGGCCGCUGCUGCAGUUCCUGCUGGUGAUGCUAGCCCUGUACACCGGGCUCUCCCGGAUCUCAGACUACCGCCAUCAUCCCUCGGACGUCCUCACCGGCUUCCUGCAGGGAGGAAUCACUGCGUACUGGGUGGCGUUCCAUAUCUCCUCCAUGUUUAAAACGUGUCCCGCAGACCGCUCUCCCACUAGUCUCUCCCUGGACAGCCCUCUGUCUCUGUCCAGCCGGCAGACAGAGUGCUAGCAUCCGUCCUGGGACGCGCGGACACACGGCGCUGCCUUCACGUGGACCGAACCGAACGAUGUCAGAUGAUGGACAUGAGAGAGAGUCGGUGAGGAGGAAGAGGAGAAGGAGGAUGUCCAGAGGAAGAAUCGGAAGAAUGUGUUCACGUCCAUACUCACAUACACACACCGACCCACUGCCUACAAGUCCUGCAUAAAUAAGAUAUAUAAUACAGAUAUUAUUGUUUUUUUUUUGUUUUGUCUUUUAUGUGAGCCUUGUGUAUAUUUUACUUCAAAUCCAGUAAAUAUAUAUAGACGAAGCUGCUAAUAAUUGUAUUAUUCCGUAGUGACACUUAUACAGGAGCCUCUGUGGAGGAAGUGGGGAAUCCACAGGUCAAUCGCCUGCAGCUUAUUGGAGCAAUGCCACUUUCACAGGCAGAUGUACUGACCAAUCACAAGAGUUCUGUGGUUACAACCGAUGUUGGGCUUCAUUUAUCAAACUGCAUACAAAUAAAUUUAUUUCUAACUCGCUCGCAGGAGCAUUUCCACGAGAAAUUUGGUGUUUAGGAAAAUCCAGUUCGAUAAUCGUAUCAUUAUCCGAGAGUUACCGCCAUCUUAUACACGCUGUAUAUUACACCGUCAAGUUUAAAUCACGUAUUUAUUUCAGUUACAUACACUCAGUCUCUUCGUCUUCAUUCGAUCAGAAAGCAACUCCAAAAUAUAACCCAUAAAUUAAGAUAAAUCGGACUAGCCGAUUAAUUAUGACAAAAGUAAUAGCGCCCUAUGUAUAGAUGACGCGCUGUAACGACUGAGCCGCAUCACUGAGCGAUUAAAGCAGGUGCUCUUUCGCCAUUUUGUCAUUUGUCAGCUCUCUGUGAGCCUUUUAUGGAUAUUUGUGGGUGUGGCUAAAUGUAAAUGUUCUGUAAACACACUUGGUGAUUUAUCGCUUAUAUACUGUAUGAGCAUGAAAAAAAGUCACGAAAACGUUUGUAAAACAACACUACUUAAAGAUUGAUAAAUGAGGCCCAAUGGAUAAGGGUGCAAUAAGCCCGUUACACUUUUAUCUUCUUUUCUUUGCUUUUGUAUUUCUUUUAUAGUUUUCUUUUAUUACCUUUUUCUACUUUGCUUUCUUUAUUUCAUUUUAUUCUUUCAGUUUCUUUUAUUUUGCUGAUAUGUUUCCUUUCUUUUUUUUGUUUUAUUAAUUCUAACUUUUUUCUCUUUAGUUUGUAUUUUUCUUUAUUCUUUUAUUUUUUCUGUCCUUAAUUUAUUUCCCUUUCCUGUCCUUUAACAUUUCUUUUCCUCUUGUGCAUUUCAUUAUUGAUUACAUGGCAAAGUCCAAUCUUGAGACAAGAUAUUUCUUUCUUUCUUUCUUUCUUUCUUGCGAGGUAGCCGUGUGACUGAAAUGAAACGAGACCGCUCUCGCUCCCUCCUGCCUCCAUGUCUCGGUGGUGUCGAGCAGGCAGACCACUGCACACUAGCAACCUGCUCGAACCUUUGGCACUUCAGCUGCAGGACUGAACUCUGAAACUCUAGCACAUGGUAUUCCAGUGGUCUCAUUUCAACAGUGUUUAUUUCCUCUUACUGUGGUCAGCCAAUCACCUUCUCCCAGUUUUACAAGGUGGUAAUUAUUCAUAGUAUAAACAUAUGUAAAUCAUUUUAUAAAGAAAGAAAACUAUCCAGAGUUUGCAAAUGUAUUAGCGCUGUUGUGUUUAUAUGCGUGCAAGAUGCUUGUAUUGUAUAAAUAGUGACUGAGCCAGAGGUAUUGUAUUGUCAGAAAGCUAUAUUUUAUGUUUAUAGUUUUAUAAACGUUUUGUUUAUUUUGUCUGUGAAAGUCCCUGAGGCUAAAAUAACCACUGUAUUAAUAAACCAAACCAAUAAAACGAAUGUGCAACUAUUA